GCAAUGCCACCAUAUCAACGAGGGUGUGCAUGUAUGCACAUACAUAUAUAUAUAUAUAUAUAUAUAUCCGAGGUAGAAGAGAGAGAAACUAUUGACGAAAGUCUUGUUCCUGCUUCCUUCUGGUCAGUCGGUUCCUUUGUUCGUAUCAGUGACCAAAUGGUGGAGGAGAAGUGCUUGAUUGCAAAAGACGUUACCCAACUGAUUGGGAAGACGCCAUUGGUAUAUCUCAACCAUGUGGUGGAUGGCUGUGGGGCCCGAAUUGCUGCCAAGCUGGAGAUGAUGGAACCCUGCUCUAGCGUCAAAGACAGGAUUGGAUAUAGUAUGAUAAUAGAUGCAGAGGAGAAAGGUCUCAUUCGUCCCGGAGAGAGUGUCCUGAUUGAGCCAACGAGUGGUAACACUGGAAUCGGCCUUGCAUUUAUGGCGGCAGCAAAGGGCUACAAACUAAUAAUCACAAUGCCUGCAUCGAUGAGCCUUGAGAGAAGGACCAUUCUCCGUGCAUUUGGGGCCGAACUUGUCCUCACGGAUCCAGCGAGGGGCAUGAAAGGUGCCGUCCAAAAGGCUGAAGAGAUAUUGGCUAAGACACCAAAUGCUUAUAUACUCCAGCAGUUUGAAAACCCCGCCAACCCAAAAAUACAUUACGAGACUACUGGGCCAGAAAUAUGGAAAGGUUCGGGGGGGAAAGUUGAUGCUUUUGUUUCCGGAAUUGGUACUGGGGGCACCAUUACUGGUGCCGGAAAGUAUCUCAAGGAACAAAACCCGAAUAUUAAGCUUUAUGGUGUGGAACCGGUUGAAAGUGCUGUUUUAUCUGGAGGGAGACCUGGCCCACAUAAGAUCCAAGGUAUCGGUGCUGGUUUUAUCCCCGGUGUUUUGGAUGUAAAUUUGAUCGACGAAGUUUUACAGAUCUCAAGUGAAGAAUCUAUUGAAAUGGCAAAGCUUCUUGCACUGAAGGAAGGCUUGCUGGUAGGAAUAUCGUCAGGUGCUGCUGCUGCUGCUGCAAUUAAGAUCGCCCAAAGGCCAGAAAAUGCUGGAAAACUCAUCGUAGUGGUCUUCCCCAGCUUUGGAGAAAGGUACCUGUCUUCUGUGCUGUUCGAGUCUGUGAGACGAGAGUCCGAGAACAUGGUGUUCGAACCUUGAGGAUACCCAUCGACAGAAGCAAAUGCUGUGAUAUGUUUAUUCGAAUGUGAUGUGAGAUAGAGAUGUGCGAUGAUUGCCUGCGAGUCUCUCUUCUUUCCUCUGGGUUUUCUGGGCAUAAUCGAUGUUUGGAGUUGUACCUAUCUUUUCUCGAUGAAUAAGCUAUGUUAUGAAAACAUGCAAAACUGCUGUACUGUUGUGCAAUGAAAGUUGUGACUUUGCAAAUUUGAUUUGUGAAUUUCUCGUCUAUUGGAAGCGGCUUUACUGGA